CGAGACUACAUUACCCAUGAUCCCCCGUUCCUGCAUUUGUCGGAUUGUGCUGGGGGAAAAGCGUAAUAUUGUUCCAAUGAUCGGGAAUCAAUAACAUCCAACCCAUCUACAUAAAUCAUCCAAUCAUAAAACAAAUUGAAUCAGAUCUGUGACUACACCAAGAUUUAUUCAGAAACUUGGCGGUUUGUGUAAGUUUAUGGAAAAUGGGGCAGUUUUGCACAGCAGGAGACUGAUGAUGAAGAGGGAAUGAGCAGGCCAUGAGGAUACAACUGAACACAUCUAAUGGAAUAGAGCAGUCUCACCUCUCUGACAAACAGCAGUCAUGGAAGCCAAGGAAAAUGGGUCAGUGGACACCAAAAGUUCUGUGGAGAAUGGGCAGCUUACGGAUCCCGCCCACUGGGCUGUAGCAGAUGUGGUCAAUUACUUUAAAGCUACAGGGUUUGAGGAGCAAGCCAACGCUUUCCAAGAUCAGGAAAUCGAUGGCAAAUCCCUUUUAUUAAUGACUCGUAAUGACGUUCUGACCGGACUGUCAAUAAAACUGGGUCCUGCACUGAAGAUAUACGAGUAUCAUGUCAAGCCUCUCCAAACCCAACAUUUAAAAAGUAACGUCUCAUAGCUGCUGCAGCCAUGUGGACGCAUGGAAGACAAUCAUAGCAGGGAAGUGCAGGGUAACUGCAGACAGAACUAAUACAUUUUAUGCAUCUUAUAAUUAAACAUGGUGAAUUUAUUGCUUUUAAGGUCUCAUUCUGCUGUACAGGCACAUUUACAGUUUUCAUUUGACCUAUGUUUAACAGUGUGUUCAUUCAGAUUUGACUUUGUGUGCUUGUACAUAAAUCAUUAUUGCUUUUAAGAUUAAUUGCUUGGUUUAAUAAUGUGAUCUGUGAUGUGAAAUGAAAAAAUGAAACACUAAGAUGUUUCUGUGUACUGCAUGAAGUAUGUUUGAAGUGAGAUUGACAACAUUGAUUUUAUAAGCUUGUUGGUGUUUAUUUCCCUUUUUUGUUUUUCCAGUUUUAAUAGAUAAAAAGUAUGUUGAGAUAAAUUGACAGCACAAAUCAUCAAAUGACUGAAAAUGAUGAUAAAGGCUCAACGCAUGAGGUUUGUUUUCAGGAAUCCUGUCAGAAUGACAGUGCUUUGUGCUGCUAUUAAUUCUGUUUAUUUAUUUCAUUCUGUAACUAACAAUGUGAUUCCUGAUGAAUUGGUGAACGGUUGUUGUUGACAGAUAGAAAACACUGUAAAUCUGAAGCAGUUUGUGAUACAGGGUGUUUUAAAAAGAGGAAACAAACGCGAGUGUAGCCUGCAAUAAAUGGUGCUUUUUCAGAUUGCUAAAACAAUCCACUACCUGGUCCUCAUUACAGUGCUGUUUAACUUCCUUUGUGCAUGUUUGGUGCUUAAUCAUAUGUAAUAAUCAGUUCUACUAAAACCCAGAAACAUUA